AUACCAUUAAAACUUUUGAAGUUUUUAUAUUAUAACGUGAGUGAACAUUUUUUUGCAAAGACUGUUAAUUAGAAGUUUGUGGUGAAAGAAAAUAAGAAGAUACUGCAUGGAUGUUGGACAAUCGACAUAAAGGGAAGGAAGCGAGACGUUCGGCGGAUUGUCGGGGAUGCUACGUCAAAUACUUUCGCCAUCGCCCGAGACGGGAGAUACCGGUUUACCGGUCACAUGUACCUUGCUUCAGAACAACUCUAUGUUCUCCAAUCAGUCGUCGAUGAUGUCCUCAACGUAUCAAACCGUCCCAUCCCAUUUGCCGUCCAUUUGUACCGAUCAGAUUCUCUUGGAUCACGUGCAGAUCGUCACUGAAUCCUAUCCGUGUCCCACCUGUGGCCUUGAGUUUCGAAGCGCUUUGAAACUGAAUUACCAUAUAAGAACGAGUCAUCCGACUCUGCCGGAGUUCGAGCACAAUAUAGAGAAUCCGAUGAGGUACUCUUGCGCCGUUUGUUCACGAAGUUUCUACGCUCUGAGUCACUUGAGGAUGCACGAGGUGACGCAUUCUGCGCCAGUGGCAACCUCCUGCGCACCGAUCCCGACCAUAUCGACGUCGGUGAACGUAGAGAAGACGUUCGCCUGCGAUCGUUGCCAAGCUAGUUUCCGGUAUCGUACGCUUCUCGAGCGGCACAGGAGGAUGCACGAGGUCGGCCAGGAGAAGCCUUAUUCCUGCCCUAGGUGCUUAAUGCGUUUCGAGACGCGAAACUUGUACAAUCAUCACGCGAAAACACACAAACCGAUCCUGACAGUCAACGAUAGGAUAACCGACACCGUAGUGUCUUCCGGUGAUCCGGUCACUAGCAGUAUUAGCGGUACCAUGGCAUCAUCGAACAAAUCGGUAGUCUCGUAUCCGUGCGAUUCAUGCUCGAAACAAUUCGCAAGCAUCGAGUCAUUGACUACCCAUAAGGCUGUACAUAGGUCCAGGCCGCUCGUAUGCGACGUAUGUGGCAAGGGUUUUACACAUCGCAAGUAUUACGUGGUGCAUCAACGUAUCCAUACAGGAGAGAGGCCAUAUCUUUGUGCCAUGUGUGGCAAAUCGUUUACACAAGCAUCCACGCUUACCGUUCAUCGUCGAUAUCAUACCGGAGAACGUCCUUAUACCUGCACAUUAUGUGGUAAAGGAUUCGUUACCAGAACGAUCAUGCUUAAUCACAUGAAAAAGCAUUGAACUCGAUCGUCAUGAUGAUGAUAAGAAACGUUUGUCAACCGGGUGUACGUUAAAAAAACGUAUAAAUUUAAUUAUUUCGUAAAUAACGAAAAUACGCAAAAUAUAUCGAUAUUCGAGUUGUGUUACGGAAAUUUAUGAUUUUUUUCACGUUAUUGUUUAAUUGUUGGUUAAAUUUUAGUCUGUUAUAAUGAUAGUACAAAAGCAGUUGCGUAUUUGCACUCGUUUCUAAUCGCGGUAGGAAUAGGUAUAUAUGUAUUAGUUAGGAAAUUAAAUUUCUUUCUACUUUUGACAAGAUUCGGUUCGAAAUUGUUAUUUUGCUUAACAAAGAUGAUUUCUUUCUAGAAAAUCAUUCUCGAAGUGCCUUAAAUCGCUUAAAAAAUAGAAGAUUAUUUAAUUAUAACGCGUAUUGCGCGAAUUCGUCACAACGAUCGUGUAAACAUUUUUACAAAAUUUAACGAUAGUAAUAAUCUAUCGUAUUUUUAAAUUCGUUCAAUUCGACGAAUUUGUUAAUUAGUACCAGGGAUACAUAAACGGAAUUAUUAACUAAUCUUAUGUGUAAUAUGCAUGUCGUCACUGUGAUACUGUUUGUUCGUGUAUAUUCGAAAUAUUUUAAGCGCUCUAGUAUAUCUUUUUCGAUUUCUUUGACUUUUAGAAUAGCGAAAUUUUGUUCGAAAAUGUCGAUUUCAAACACGAAAUUUGCUUCAACUAAAAUUAGUACCUGUUUAACGAACUAACUUUUUAAUGUGCCUAAAAGAUAGAGUUUUUGAGAAGUUUUAAUCGACGAAAUAUGAAAAAGACAUUCUACAUAGGAAGAGCUAAUUGUAAUAACUGCGUAUAAAGCGUUAAAAAUUAUUUGAUGUUGAAAUAUCGUUAUAAUAGAUAGAGAAGCAUUAGCAUACGAUUAAUGUACGAGUAUACGAUUAUUUUAAGCAUUUUUAGUUAAACCGGUAGAUCGAGGUGAUAUAGUUAGCGUUUCAGCAUUAACAAUGAAUUCAUGUGCCUCUAAUUAAUGUAAGUACAGGGUCACUACAUAUUAUGAAUAUCGUAAAACGUAAGUAUGAAGACGCUUAAAUAUUUCUAUGUAAUCUCGUGAAAAACAAGAUCUCUGCUAUUGAUAUUCUGAAUAAUAUAGUUAUAAUUAAUCGUUGGACGUAAUCGUUGCUAAAAGAUUUCUAAGAAUUUUAUCACUCCUGAAUGUAAUUUUUCGUCUAAUUAAAGUUUUCAAUGUUACUAUA